AUGAAUAUUCAACCUUCAACACUCGAAAAGAACUAUUUAGCCAACGUCAUGCUUUUUAUGGAUAGUGUAGAAACCGUCUGUACGUUCAUUCUAGUCAAUCGGAAGUGUGCUGACGUCUGUAAUUAUCUCCGUGUCAACCCCCCUUUAAAACGGAAAUCGGGCCUUGGCGACACAUUUAACUCACGACUAACAAAGUUAACGUUUGCGUUAUUCCCUCAUAUUCAAACCAUCCAAGGAACUAUUAGUGAACUAGAAGAGUAUAGUUACUUACUGGACCCCAUAGAGAACAUCAUUCUACUUGAUAUGCCCGAAGAGAUGUAUCGCCUCUUUCCGUUUAAGAAUAAGAUCGUCGAAGUCAAUGGCAGAGUCUUUUCUGAUAAAGUCGACUUUUCGACGUUUCCUAAAUUGAAGAAGGUGUGCCUUGAGAUGUGCUCGUUUGCCCUCCACUUUCCAAACAAAUUACAAAAGCUGGACUUGUUGCAUAUUAAACAACACUCGUGUUGCCAAGAACUGUAUGUCCUUGAGAAGUAUGAGUUUGUCGAUCACAUCAUAUUGGAAAUCCCAGAGACAACACCACAAGAUGUCGUGGACAGACUCGCGUCGUUUGCGACACUUGCGACGACGACUUGGCACCCCAAAUUGGACUUCAGAAUUGUCGUGUUACACAAGAACGACAUCUCCUUUGUCCCUUCGCAAGAAAUCACAUCGAACGCGUUGUACAUAUUAAACAAGAGAAACUACACCAUUGGGAUGUCAGUCAACUGCACGGAGACGGACACUGGGAACGUCAAUGUGAAUUUGAGCGACUGCACACAGUUGAAUGAACUUAAAAUUGUCUACGAUAACGUCCACAAGACUACAGUGGUCUUCCCCGUCCCUUCUAAUAACACGACAAGUCUCGGCAAGUUAUGUUUAGUUGCUAAAGAGAAGAAAGUCUUCAACCCUAAUUUUGUGACGAAGUUGGCACUGUGUCUGACUAAAGACGUUUGUGCCUCACUCACGGAGUUGUCGCUGAAAAAGUGUUCGACGGAUAUACUCAGCGCUUUGAUCAAUUUGAAACGACUGAGACUCGACACGAUUCAAUUUUCUAGUAACAUCUCCCCGUUCACAACUAUUUCUUAUUUGUCACUGGAAAGGUGCCGAAUGGCACAAAACGGAUUCAAAGCGUUCUACCCAAGUUCAUUGAAGAAAUUGGAAGUCUUCAAUUGCGACGAACACAUCAUUAAACAUAUUAAUGACUUGAGCGGAUCGACUUUAUUGGAUACUUUAAGUGUCUCGGGAAGAUCAAAUGAGUCUAAAAAGAUCGAUUUGGAACGAUUUGGGGGAAUACAUAGUCUCUAUAUACUCCAAACAACGUUUAAGAAGUACCCCAUUCACUUGAAUCACCUCAAAAUUGGGUGUUUUGAUAAUUGUAAGUUGGACUUCAAAAGUCUGAGGAAAAUUGAAACACUUUUGGUGUCAAAAUGUUUUAACAUUUCUUUGAGUUUAAAUCCAAAUAUUCAACAAUUAAUCUUCGAGGGAUGUCAACCACUCAUUUUAAAUUUAAAUCAACUCGAAGGAGUUAAGUCAGUCAAAAUUAACUCAACGGCGAAAAUCAAUUUCGAUUUCAUCCCAAAAACUAUCACAUCACUUUUCGUUUUGCCUUCAACUAAUAUCGACUUUAACAGACUCAAAAGAUUCCCUUUUCUGAAUCCGGUAAAUAUUAAUUAA